UGCUAGAGAUUGUUUACCAAUCCUUGAGAGGUGCACCCGACCUGACGGCUGUGUCAGUGUGUGGUGUGGAGUGCUCAGCUUGACAGGCUUCUACUAUUGCUUCUGUGUUAUAAGACUACUGCAUCUAAUGCCUUGACAGAGGUACUUCACUACUGAACUUAUCCUGCACCCUAGUUUAUUGGAACCUACAGUAAAUGAUGGGUCAAAGAUUUUUGGACAUUGUGAUCAUCAUCACACCCGUGCUAGUGUCGUAUGUUAAUGCAGUCCUCUGUCCUGGUGGAUUGAUUAAAUGUCCAGAUACCAUGACAUGUUGUUUACUGGCCAAUAAGGAGUAUGGAUGCUGCCCAUAUGUAUCUGCUGUCUGCUGCCCGGAUCGUGUACACUGUUGUCCUCAUGAUAUGCAAUGUGAUGUAGUCUAUCAGGCUUGUUUAAAGAAUGGAUUUCCUGUGAAAUUCUUCUGGAAAGUCCCUGUGCACCAAGAACUCGCUGAGCAGAUUGAACCAAGAACUGUUGUAGAAGAACUGCAGAUAGAGACAAAUGAAGUGGAGCUGUCUGAAGGCUUGACCGAAAGAAAGAAAUGUCCCGAUGAGCAUUGGUGCCCAGGAGUAUAUACUUGCUGCAGGAUGUACAGUGGGGAUUAUGGUUGUUGUCCUUAUGAUGCUGGGGUCUGCUGCUCUGAUGGCUUCCACUGCUGCCCUAAAGGGUCUCAGUGUGAUGCGACUACUGGAGGAUGCUAUCAUGAGAACAUGAAUUUUUCUAUUAAUGCUUAUCCUAUGGAGUCAAAGAAACCUCCAAAGAUAACCAGGACAAAAGUUCAAACUGCAAGGACAACGCCACUAAUUAAGCCAGCUCGAGAGAACAUUGCCGACCCAGGAGGCGAGUGUCCUGACGGCCACCCUUGCCAAGAGCAAUAUACCUGCUGCAAGGUCAUGGACCAAGGAUAUGGAUGCUGCCCAUAUACUGAUGCUGUUUGUUGCACAGACUAUAUCCACUGUUGCCCUAAAGGAACCACCUGCAACACCACCCUUGGAACCUGUGAUGUGCAAAAGAACUUGAAAUUGUCUGUUCCUGCCCACUCCAUUGAAACUCUUGGAUUGUCGCAAGUGUCAAGACCAAAGGCAAGAUUAGAAGCGGAGCAAAAGGAUGAAGUUGGCAUUGUGUGCCCUGAUAGAGAAUCCCGUUGUCCAGAUGGUCAAACAUGCUGUCCAAUUAGGAGUGGUGGCUAUGGAUGUUGCCCCAUGCCUCUCGCAACUUGCUGCAGUGACCGUGAACAUUGUUGCCCCCAUGGUUAUGAAUGCAUUGGUAGUGGGUGCCAGAGGAGGGCAGGAUCUCCCGAUCUCCCACCUUUUAUUCAGUUCUCAUCUGCCAUUAGAAAUGAAGAGGCCAGCUCUAAAUUAACAAUCCCAGAAGUCAGGACUGUGGUAUGCCCUGAUGGUAAUGUCUGCCCUGAUGGAAACACUUGCUGCACACUUAGUAGUGGUGGUUAUGGAUGUUGCCCCAUGACUCGUGCAACAUGCUGUGACAAUGACACCUGCUGUCCCCAUGGGUACUGGUGUGCUGAAGACAGCUGUGACAGAGCAUCAAGAACCACUUCAAAUUAUUUGCCAUUUCUGAGCAAGACUCGUAUUUCUCCUCGUGUUGCAGAUAAUGAGGAAGAUCCCAAAGGAGUGAUUUUGAAUGGAGCUUAGUAAAGUUGAGUGUUUUUGUUAUUCCUUGAGGAUUUUGUAUACAUCUUGUUAUCCUACAAUAGCCACAAAACAGAAAGGGUAUAAAUGCCCAUUUACCACAUUUGGCUGGAUUUAAGAAUUCUGCUGUCAUAAAUUACUAGAAUGUAUUUUUAAAGAAUACUGUAACUAAUAAUGUACAUUGACUUAAUGUAUGGUAGACGAAUAAUUAUUUUUCACUUUGCAUCUUGGGUCACAGCUUUUGACUAGCACCGGUAAAUAUAUAUUUUCUCAAAAUUAACAGUGAAUGAAGAUGGAACAAAAAAUAUUGAUUACUGUAAUGUUCAUAGAAUUUAAUGAUGAAUCUCAUCUGUAUAAUGUUUGAAGUGUCAAGUACAAUAUAUAAUACACAAAAAUAAUUUCAUUUUGUGAGCAAGGUUUUAGGGGGUUGCUGAUCAUUGCUUACAAUCAUGUUUGUAGAUGUUGCUCAUCUUAGCUGUCAGCAACAUCAGAAAUUUUUAACUAUACAUGUAAUUAAAUUUUUAACAAUGUGCACACUUUAAAACCUCCUAUGUGAGACAAGUUUGCCCCUUGGCAUUAUAUUUUUGAGAAGUUUUGUUUUGUUCCAUACCCUAGUAUAAGGUACUGUACCGACUAGUGAUAAGGAUGUAAACUCGGGGCUUUUAUAUUACAAUCAAUGGGUGUUGUUGCUGGUUAUAAAUGUAUGAAUUUUUUAUUUUUUUUAUUGAGUUUUGAAACUCGGUUCACUCGUGUAUUUCACCGUAUGUAUGUAUAUUCAGUUUAAUGCCACUAUUACACUCGAAAAAUAUACAGAGGAAUAUCAAGUCUUAGAAUUUUUUAUUUGUGUUUUUCAUAAACCAUAAUUGCAUGUCAAGUCUCUUUUUGCAUACUGUUUAGGGAAUUGUUUGAAAAAAGGAUUUGUAGAUUUUGAAGCAUUAAUUGUGUCGGCCACUCAUGAAGUUGCAGGAAGAGCCAUACAUUUUCUCUACCUUAAGUUAUCUUGCCACCAGUUUGACACCAAUCAUGUUCUUAAACUGGCUGUAAUUUUUUAGUACACAUUUAUUCUUUCCAUAAUUUCUUCACUUAAAUGUAAGGUGUGCAUGAUGGAGAUUUUUGCUUGUAUCCAUAAUCAUUAACUAUACUGUACGGUACUUUUAAGUUUGUAAAAGAUUGGUACAGUAUAUUGAAAUUAUUGAUAACAUAGAAGAUGAAAGAAGGUGCUGUUUUAUAUGCAAAUAAAGAUAUCCUGUAA